AUGGCCUGGUACAACGGCACGAUCGAUUUCCUAUCCGACUCGUUCGCAAACCACCGCCCUGUCUUGGCGGCGACUGGCGCUUCACUCACCCUGGCUGUCUUGCUCAGUUCGCUUUUGAAAGACGAUCACCCCAAAUCGCUUGUCCUUCCGUCCCCCAAAAAAUCCUCCUCCGCUAUCUCCGUGGCUGCAGGCGAGACCCCUCUCCCAACCGAUGUGCUCCCCGGAGCUCGUGAUGUAUCCACACCUUAUGGAUCGAUGAGAGUGUACGAAUGGGGCCCGGUUGAUGGGCCCAAAGUGCUGUUCGUCCAUGGGAUUACCACGCCUUGUAUCGCAUUGGGCGGACUGGCGCACGCUUUGGCAGAUCGAGGCUGUCGUGUCAUGCUAUUUGAUCUGUUUGGAAGAGGCUACUCUGACUGUCCCUCGGAUAUUCCCCAGGACGACCGACUCUUUUCCACCCAGAUCCUCCUCGCCCUAAGCAGCUCUCCAAUAUCAUGGACCGGUGAGGGAUCCGGAAAAUUCGGCUUGGUUGGCUACUCUCUCGGCGGUGGAAUCUCGGCGGCGUUCGCAUCCUACUUCCCGCAGCUGCUGUCCUCACUGGUGUUACUGGCACCGUCCGGUCUCCUCCGCGACUCCCAAAUCAGCUUCCAGUCCCGGCUGCUGUAUUCGAAGGGGCUCAUCCCCGAACGGGUUCUCGGCUUCCUUGUCGGACGCCGUCUUCGAGCCGGACCGCUGGUGACCCCCAAGCCCAAGCAUGCCAAGAUCAAUGCCGGGGAUGCUCUCACGGAAGAACUGUCCCGUGGGGGUGAGGUCCAGGUGUUGUCUCGGGCCUAUCCUGAUGUGAACGUCCCUGGCGCUGUGAAAUGGCAAGUCAGCCACCAUGCCGGUUUUGUCCACGCUUUCAUGUCCAGCAUGCGGUUUGGACCUAUCUUGCAGCAGCGUCAACGGGGCUCCUGGGAGCGACUGGGACGGUACCUAUCUGAACAGAAGCAGCUGUCGGUGGACGAUCAGAUUCGCAAUGGUCUCCCGUCCGACAAGGUUAUGAUACUGUACGGCGAGCAUGACUCGAUCAUCGUCAAGGAUGAGCUGGUGCCGGACGCCACUUCUGCCCUUCAAGGAAACGUGGAAUUCAAGGCGUUCAACGCAGGCCACGAGUUCCCAAGUACCAAGUAUGAAGAAGUGGCCGAGUACAUAUGGGAUGUGCUUCAGUGA